AGAGAUCGAGAAGGGGAGAUGGAGAAGUCGGGAGUCGGGGAGUAAGGGAAUAGGAGGAAGACGCUGGGAUGAUCAAGAAGGCUUCGACUUCGUCAUCCUCGUGCAUCCGUCGCUGCUACCAUCAUCGAUCAGAGCUGCUGCGCGUGGAGAGAAGGGGAGACGAUGUCGCUGUCGCUGUCUCUGUUUGGGAUAGCCGCCGCCGUUCAAGUCACUACAGGAGGAGAACGCCACCGCGUGAAGCGAGGUGAUGAGCGAAGUAGAACACGACGACUAGGAGGAGGCAGCACCGCUGCCGUUGCUACUAGGGUUUGUCUUUGGAAUUCCUGGUCGCCGCUAUCAUUGCGCCUCAUCGCUAGAGAAGACAAACUGUUGCACUAUCUUCUUCAUUUUGACUCUGAUCCUCCAUUCAUAAUCCUUGUUGCUGUGUUCUGCUGGAGCUGUCAAAAUUGUUGUUGUUGGAGUGUGAUCAUGGUUGAUGCUGCUGCCGCAUCCCAAUAAUGUUGGAAUUUUUGCUGCUGCUAUGAAUUCAAAAAGAGCAGGUUUAUCGUGGUUAAUUCCUUCCGAUUUAGCUAAUCGAGGUAGGGGGUUUAA